CGGGAGGCAGACGCAGCGUCCCAUUUUGCAGACAGCGCGUUGUUGAUCUUUGUUUGCGCCGGUGGCUGCUCCAUACAUCGCCUGAGCCACUGACAGUCUGAGACUACAACCACCACGCCCACUCGCCAUGCCACACACCCACGACCACGGAAACUGUAACGACGAGCACCAUGACCAUCACCACGAUAUUCCGGAAGGCACAGGGCCCCGGGACAACCUCUACUCCCACAUUGACCGCGACAAUGUCAUCGUGCUCAAUGCGCAGGCUCCGGCAAACGGCCCAGAGGUCAUCAAGCCUUGGGACCAGCGACUCGAUGAGGAAAAGUACAUCGAGUCCGAUGCCGAUGAUCAAAUCAUCAUCCGCGUUCCAUUCACUGGAGCAGUGAAACUGCGUGCAAUCCUCGUCAAAUCGGGUCCAGGAGAUCAGACCCCCGCAAAGAUGUCAAUUUUCAACAACCUCGAACACGUCGACUUCUCCAACAUCACCGACAUGAAAUCGGUACAGGAAUUUGACGUUGCACAGGGCAGGGACAUUGGCGAAUAUCACGUCAUGCCAGCCAAAUUCUCCAGCGUCACCUCCGUCACGUUGUUCUUCCCGGAAUCUCAAGGCGCCGAUACGACACGGAUCUAUUACGUUGGCUUCCUCGGAACGUUCAGCGGCGAGCGCAAAGGCCAGCCGAUUAUCACUGUCUAUGAGUCGCGACCGAACAUAGCAGACCAUCCGAAGAUCACCGAGGCGUUACCCAACAUGCAAGGAUAG